GUCAAAAACAUAACCUCGUUGUUUUUAAAAGUUAAAUAUGUGAAAGGCAAAGCAGAUGUUAUAGUUACAUUGUGUAUUGAAUUCUUUAAGAUAGCCAAUAUUUCUUAUAACGAAACUAGUAAAUAUCUAAUAAUGUCCGUGGUAAUUGAAACUACAUUAGGCGAUAUAACAGUCGAUCUAUAUACUUCUGAACGACCCAGAGCUUGCCUAAACUUUUUGAAGUUGUGUAAGAUAAAAUAUUACAAUUAUAAUUUAUUUCAUACCAUAAGUCGAGGUUUUAUAGCACAAACUGGUGAUCCAACAGGUUCUCGAAGUGGCGGAGAAUCUCUUUUUGGUGUUUUAGAUGGAUCGAAUAAAAGGUACUUUGAGAGUGAGAAUGAACCAAGGAUAAAACACACUAAAAUGGGUUUGCUUUCAUUUGUUGGCAACGAUGAGCGCAUGAUAGGUUCUCAAUUUUUCAUUACAUUAGGAGAAGAUCUCACAUAUUUAGAUCAAAAGCACUGCGUUUUUGGGGAAGUGGUAGAAGGUUUUGACAUAUUAGAAGAAUUAAAUGAAGUAAUUUGUGAUGUUGACGAUCGACCAUAUCAAGAUGUGAGAAUAACCCAUACAAUUAUCUUAGACGAUCCUUAUCCGAAUCCUGGAAAAUUAACGGUGCCGUCAAGAUCGCCAUCUCCUAGCGCAGAACGUCUACAAGGCGGAAGAAUAGCUCCGGAUGAAGAAAUUGAUGAAACAGAAGGGAAAACGGCACAAGAAAUCGCUGAAGUUCAAGCAGAAAGAGAAGCGAAGGCUAGAGCUACAAUAUUAGAAAUGGUCGGCGAUUUACCAGACGCCGAAAUGGCACCCCCAGAAAAUGUUCUCUUCGUUUGCAAAUUGAAUCCCGUGACAACUGACGAUGAUUUGGAAAUAAUUUUCAACAGAUUCGGUAAAAUUGUGUCUUGUGAAGUGAUCAGGGAUCGAAAGACUGGCGAUUCUCUACAAUAUGCUUUCAUAGAAUUUUCAGACCGCAAAUCAUGUGAGGAUGCUUAUUUUAAAAUGGACAAUAUAUUAAUAGAUGACAGAAGAAUACAUGUGGAUUUCAGUCAGAGUGUUUCCAAAGUGAAAUGGCUUGGUAAAGGAAGAGGAGUUGAACAUUUUGAUGAAAAAGGAAGGAGAACAUGGAAUCCUAACAAUUCAAUAGGCAAAGGUAAUUACAAAAUAAAUAGACGUUGUAGUGAAGAUACUACAGAGGAUGGCCGUCAAGAUUUGUCUAUAAAAAACAAAGAAAUAAACCCAACGUCUCAGUCUACAAGAAAUCGCACCACGGCUCACUCACCCUUAGAAGAUGCAGAUAAAGAAAAUAAUUCAAGGCGUCAGAAAGAUAAAUACGAAGAAAGGGACUCGAGAAAACACCAUCGGGAAACAAACGAUGAACCCCAUCGAGAAUAUCACAGAUACAAAGAUAGUUCGUCUAGAUCGGAGAGACAAAACUCACCUAGGAAAAGCUACAGUAGAGAAAAUUUUGACCGGGAUAGACGUAGGAGUAAUAGAGACCGUUCGAGGUCUCCCAAUCGUAUUGAAAAUUCCAGAAACUAUAGAAAUAGAUCGAGUAGAGAACGAAGGCGUAACUCCCCAUUUAGACGAGAAGAAGACAGUAGAAGAUAUGGACGCGAUACGACUAGAUCGAAUAGAGAAUAUUAUCAUUCGAGAAACAAAUAUGAAAACAAAGAGAAACAUAGGAAAAGUAGAUCGCGCAGUUACGAUAAACGUACUGGACGGAAUACGGAUUCGAGGUACCAUAGGAAUAAGGCGUCUUCAUCGAAAACUUCGGAAAGAAAUGGCAAAUCAAGUGAUCAUGGAAAAAGUAACAGUGGACAUGACAAACAAAGUCAAAUAAAAGAUACAAAACAAAUUCAAACACGAACAGAUUCUGAAUCUUCAGAAAGUGAAAUUGAAAAAGGAAAAAACAAGUAUAAAGUAAAUAGUAGAAAGAAAGAAAACGAUAAAAAGAGUAAGAAGAAAAAAGUAGAAUCAAGUUCAGACAGUGAUUCUUCUGAGGAUAGUGACAAUUCGAAAGAAGCAAAAAAAUUAUCGAAUAAAAAAAUUAAAAAAAGAAAUAUAUCAUCAUCAGAUUCAAGUGGGAGCAGUGAUUCCAGUGAAAGUGAAUCAAGUAGUGAUAGCGAAGAUGAUAAAAAAAUGAUAAGACGUAAAAAGAGAAAAUGUAGAAGUAGUUCAGAGAGUGACAUUAGCGAAAAGAGAAAAAAGAAUAAGAAGAAAAAAUAAUUUUUUUCACAUAAUUACUUACUCCAAUAUAUAUUAUGUAUUUUCUUAAUAUAACUUUUUAUCCAAAUACUAGAUAUACACAAGGUUGAAUUUG